AUGGAUGACGCGAUCGAUCUGGAUAUGGGCGAUGGCUCGCUUUAUAGUGCGCAGUCAGCCUCCUCUUCACUCGCCAUCCAGCAGUGUAUCGACGAGUCACAUGACCUCGCCAAUGACCUCCACCAAGCAACAUCAUAUGAGCUGUUGCCCGACAACACCGAUUCGAUAGCCAACAAGCUAACACUGCUUUCUCCAGCUGAACAAUCCGCGCAACAGAAUCGAACACCGCCUGCAACGCCUCGCUUUGACCCUGCGGCGCUGCUUGGCCCGAAAUCAGCAGCCAAGCGACCAGCGUCUAUUUCCGAAGGCAGCGAAAGCAGUCGCACAGAUCUAACAAGCGCGGGUCAAUUAUCGCUCGUUGAGCGUCUGCAUAACGUUCAAGAGCGAGCUGCCUCUCCUGCGAAGCGUGUCAGGACAACCGAGCAGCAGCAGCAGAUGAAGAAGCCCUCGAAUGGUGGUUCGUUUGGCGGUGGCAGCGCGCUUGUUCUGAACCAAAACAGAGGUGCUUCUAUAUCUCCACCCGCACCGGUUGAUCUGACCAUGAGUGACGAUGACGAGGUUAAAGUGGUUCAUGACAACUCGUCACAGAUGAUUUGCAUCGGCAAGCUCGAGCAGACAUAUAUCAGCAUGCACACAGUGCCGUUCCCUGACCCCAAGAAGUACAUGGGCAACAACGGCGCGUUGGGCAGGAUCAAGGUCGGCUUUCGCAGAGCUGGUCAACGAGGAGAUGUUAUAAUCAUCGUCACAGAUGCUGCAGGGAAGGAGUUUGGCAGAGUCGACGGCAAAACUGCGCAAGCUAUGGUACCUCUCAUGGAUAGCUCGAGAAACAAUGGUCUGAAAUGGGUUGCCUGGACCGAUCCGCGGAAGCGUCAUGGAGCCGAACCCAACACACCUGGAACACCGCACCAGACUCUCAUCUCCAUGACCUUGCAGCUGUACUGCCCGCGCAGUCAUGCUUAUGGCAUUGGGAAACACCUCAAAAACAGAAACGCGAAGCUGACGCGGCCUUUAUGGGAACUCGGAAAGUACGAUUACUUCAACCCACAGACACAAGAAGCCAUGACCAAGACGCAGAUGGAACAUCCAACCUUGGAUGCCCACUCAAAUCUGCGCGCCGGGCAUGCGGCGAUGCCAAUGGUCAACUACGCCAUCCGUACCGCCGACGAGAUCCGCGACGAUGUUCAGAAUGUCUUUGAUUCUGUGAUUGGCACCUCAGAGGAAGUGCCAACGCGCGAGCCAUCUUCACACAUCAAGACUGGACUAUAUCCUCAUCAGAAGCAAGCCUUGUACUUCAUGUGGAAUCGCGAGCAGGAACACACCGGCGAUGCGGCUGAGAAGUCCGACCCGCUCUGGAAGCCGCGCUACCGUGAUAACGGCCGCAAGAAGUUCAUUCACAUCAUCACUGGCGAGGAGCAAGAUGAGAAGCCUAAGCCCUGCCGAGGCGGCAUCCUUGCAGACGAGAUGGGUCUGGGCAAGACGCUCAGCGUGCUGUCCCUUGUUUCUGACGACACUUCGAUCAGGGAUGCUCGAGAGUUCGCGGCGAAGAAGCCGCCACAGAUUCAAGAUGAGAAAAACAUCACAGUCAUCCAGCCUACCAUCAACAGUCGAGCCACACUUUUGGUGUGCCCUCUCAGUACCAUGACAAACUGGAAAGAGCAGAUUAAAGACCAUUUCCCUGUUGGUGGUGCACUCAAGUGGACCCGCUAUCACGGCAGCGAGCGUUUCGACAUGAGUGCGAGUGAGUUGGCAGACUACGAUAUCGUGGUUACUACAUAUCACAUCAUCGCCAAAGAUAUGAACGACGGGAAGCGGGCCCUGCCUUGGAUUAACUGGUUUCGCAUCGUGUUGGAUGAAGCCCACACUAUCCGAAACCAGACUCAGCAGUCGAGGGCGACUAUUGCAAUUCCAGGCCAGCGCCGAUGGGCGGUUACCGGAACGCCUGUCCAGAACCGUCUCGAAGAUCUCGGUUCGUUGUUCAGCUUCAUCAAGUUGAAGCCCUUCGACACCACUUACGGCUUCAACCUCUACAUCAUCAGCCCUUUCAAGGCGGCCGAUCCAGAAGUCGUGCCCAAGCUGCAACUCCUUGUCAGCGCAGUCACGAUUCGCCGAACGAAGGAGAUCAUCAAGGACGAAGUACCUAAGCGCACAGACACGAUCGUUAGGCUGAAGUUCUCCAAGGCCGAGUCGCAGCUUCACGACUGGUUCGAGAAGGAUACACAGCGCAAGGUCAAUGCCGUCACGACGGGUGAGAAGAUGGGCGGUCACUCGUACGCGCGUAUCCUGACAGCUAUCCUCAACCUGCGUCUGAUCUGCGCUCAUGGUCGUGACUUGCUCAGUGAAGAGGCGCUGAAGACCACUGAUGGCAUGUCGGAAGACCAGCCAAUGGAGAUCAACGACGAGGAGGAGGAGCUGUCGUCGCUUAAUCAGCAACAAGCUUACGACAUGCUCGAUAUGCUCGGUCAGACGAGCGCAGACACAUGCGCCUACUGCCACAAGUCCGUCUUGGAGGACGUCGACACAGACGACGAAGAUGAGGAUGGCGAACCUCCCAACUUAAUCGGCUAUAUGACUUCCUGCUACCACGUCGUCUGUCCAAAGCACAAGAAGAAGUUAAUGACAGACUUUACGAACAACGGUAUCGAGGAGGGCAAGGUAACCUGUCACUUCUGUGAAGACAAGGUCAAGCCUUCGCUGUUCCAGCUCCUGCGCGACCAGUAUCAAGUCUUCUGUGAAACGCGGGAAAAGAUGCGUCGGGAUCCAAAACUGUCAAAGAAGAUCAACAGCUACGCCGGACCACAUACAAAGACGCAAGCUUUACUCAACGACCUCCAAGAGUUUCACAGCUGGGACUUAGCUCACCCUGAAGAGCGGCCGAUCAAGAGCGUCGUUUUCUCAAGCUGGACAACACACCUCGACCUCAUUGAAAUCGCGCUCAAGAACCACUCGCACACGUACGUCCGCCUUGACGGCCGCAUGACGCGCGAAGCCCGCGACAAAUCCAUGAACAUGUUCCGGUCUGACCCCUCGAUCCGCGUAAUGCUCGUGUCCAUCGGCGCCGGCGGACUGGGCCUCAACCUGACCACUGCCAACAAAGUGUUCAUGAUGGAGCCGCAGUUCAAUCCUGCUGCUGAAGCGCAGGCUGUGGAUCGUGUCCACCGGCUUGGACAGGACAGAGAGGUUACGAUUAAGCGGUUCAUCAUGGAUGGUAGUUUUGAGGAGAAGAUGCUUCUUCUGCAGGACAAGAAGAAGGCGCUUGCGGAUCUCACGAUGACGAAGAAGAGGAAUAAGAGCGAGGAUAGUAAGCGAAGGUUGGAGGAGCUGAGGAGCUUGUUCAGGUAA